GGUAGCUGUACAGUGUAUGUGAUAAUAAAGGCGCCUGUUCUGUGUAGUGACCACAUACCUACCUAGUCUUAUUAUGCCAGUGAUAUUUAUCCUGGACUGCAGCAGAAACCAUUUUUUUUUUCUUAUGCAUCAUGAUCUGGCAUUGCAGCAGGUAAGGCAGCUCCACUUGUGUUUGGGCGAUACUUUGUAACAACGUUUCCAUAUGUUUACACAUCUAGAGCUGCCGUGCAGUGGGGCACUGGUAUCUUUUUCUCAUCCAGUAAAAAUAUCUCAAGCUGAAAAAAAGACUUACAAUAAAGACCAGCUAAUCUUUAUAUUAGGCAUACUCAUAAUGACAUUUUACAAUGCCAAUAAGUACUCCAGCGUCCACAUUAUUUCCCGUUGGUGCUGAUUUAAUGGAGCACGUGUUUUGGAUCACUCAUCUUCAGAAAAUAAAUAAUAGCACUGAUGUGAACUUCUUCACCCAGGAAUAAAGUAACAAAUGAACAAUACUGCAUUACUAUUGGUAUGCUUACUUACAGUCCAUACUGAGGAGAAACAUUUGUCUUUAUGCCCUCAAGUAGAGCAAGAACAGAGUAAUUAGAAUUGGUAUUGUUUGCUGCAGACUGUAAAUCUUCAGACUACUGAAACUACUUCCUCCGUCACUUGCAGCUUUCUUGGGGAAGAACUUUCCAUCCUUGGUCUACUAACUAGUACAAGAAGCUUAAUAAUUUCUAUUUUGACGUUGAUCACUUGCUUCACAUGCAGACCAGCACCCCCAUUACAUCACUCUUCUCUUUCACCAGUCCUGCGGUGAAACGACUGCUUGGCUGGAAGCAAGGAGAUGAAGAAGAAAAAUGGGCAGAAAAGGCAGUGGAUUCGUUGGUGAAGAAACUGAAGAAGAAGAAAGGAGCGAUGGAAGAGCUGGAGAGGGCUCUUAGUUCACCAGGGCAGCCCAGCAAAUGUGUCACUAUUCCACGGUCUCUGGAUGGACGGUUACAGGUGUCUCAUCGCAAAGGUCUUCCCCACGUGAUUUACUGCAGGGUAUGGCGCUGGCCAGAUUUACAGUCUCAUCAUGAGUUAAAACCACUGGAGUGCUGUGAAUUCCCGUUUGGAUCAAAGCAAAAAGAUGUCUGUAUCAACCCUUAUCAUUAUCGGAGGGUGGAGACUCCAGUACUCCCACCAGUGCUGGUUCCACGGAAUAGUGAGUUCAACCCUCAGCACAGCCUCCUUGCCAAGUUUCGCAAUGUUUCACUUCACAGCGAACCACUGAUGCCACAUAAUGCCACGUUUCCCGAUUCCUUCCAGCAGGCUCCAUGCACACCUUUCAUCUCCUCUCCAAACAACACCUUUUCCCAGUCACCAAGCACCAUCAGCUACCCUAAUUCACCAGGAAGUUCUGUUGGUCCAGGAAGCCCUUAUCAGGUUACAGAGGAAACUCCUCCUCCUCCGUACACUCAAGAAACACACGCUCACCAAGACACACAGUCCAUGGAUACGGAGAACGGAAAUCAGCUGAUGCUAUCUUUUCCUAACAGGGCGGAUGUUCGGCCUGUUUGCUACGAGGAGCCACAGCACUGGUGUUCAAUUGCGUACUACGAACUAAACAACAGAGUCGGUGAUACCUUUCAGGCAGCAUCAAGAAGUAUCCUCAUUGAUGGAUUCACAGAUCCAAUGAACAAAAAGAAUCGGUUCUGCCUAGGUCUUCUGUCAAAUGUUAACAGGAACUCUACUAUCGAGAACACCAGGAGGCAUAUCGGAAAGGGUGUCCAUCUUUAUUAUGUUGGAGGGGAGGUUUACGCUGAAUGCUUGAGUGACAGCAGCAUUUUUGUUCAGAGUCGUAACUGCAACUACCAACAUGGCUUCCACCCGACGACGGUCUGCAAGAUUCCAAGUGGCUGCAGUCUGAAGAUCUUUAACAAUCAGCUAUUUGCCCAACUGUUGGCGCAAUCUGUCAAUCAUGGCUUUGAGGUGGUCUAUGAGCUGACCAAAAUGUGUACGAUCAGAAUGAGCUUUGUGAAAGGUUGGGGUGCAGAAUAUCACCGUCAGGAUGUCACAAGUACUCCUUGCUGGAUUGAAGUCCACCUCUAUGGACCACUACAGUGGCUGGACAAAGUCCUUAUCCAGAUGGGCUCACCACGUUACACCAUCUCUUCAGUCUCUUAACAGUACACGUAUGGAAUGCUAUUGCAGGCAGUGGCUUAUAGGAUACAAAGUUUUCCAUUUACUGACAUUUUAUUAAUUCAGUUUACAGACUCUCUCCUCUGCUCUUUUUGUUUUCCCCAUCUGUAGUACCUUUAAGAAAAUAAAACAUUUGUGAGAGAGGCUGUUGUUACAAAUGGUUAAUAAAAAGGACAGCUGGUUAGUUGGUUUAUUACAAGCUUUCAUACUCUACCUGCUGUGAAUCUGCUUUGUAUGUCAGUUGUAUUAACACAAAAAGGAUCUUUGGCUUGUCUUUUGAUGAAAAGGUAACAGCGGAGUACUAAAGACUGUUUACAGAGAAGCAAAUAUAAGUAUGGUAAAGCUCAGCUUGACUGGAUUGCAUGUUUGCAUCACUCAUCUGUUUGUUACUGUUUAGAUAAAUGCAAAGAUCUCUGAACCUGUAGUCCCACAAGGUUCAAAUGUAAGUCUAGCUUUAACAGUUUGCUUGUUAUAGUUACCCAAGAAAGCCAUUUUUGUUACGUAGUACAGAACUAUCUCUUUCCCUCAAUGCAGAAUGUUACACCUUCAGUUACCUAUCAUAGUAUGCAUGAUGAAUGCUGAUCCUUUUAGGCUGUAAUAGUUUGAGGUACUUUGCGACUGAAAAAUGCUGUAUAAAAUCGGAUCCCUUUGUAGAGUGUAACUUAAACUAUGUUGUACAGAUACUGUAAUGUUAUGAAGGUUGUCUUUUGGGGGUGCAGCAACAAAUGUUUCUGCCAAAUGCUCCAUAAAGUUUGCAGUGUAAAGUGUUCAUAUCAUAUGUGUUUAGUUGUUGUCAGAAACUGGGAUUAAUGUUAUUUCACGUGGCGUUACUAAAUACAGCACAUAAUGUAGAUGCUCUUA